AUGGCUAGCACUGGUAGUGCCCAGAAGGAGACACUGAACAAGUUCAUCUCUGGUUGGAAAAAUGCCAACGCGGAAGAAAUGCUCGCGGUAGCUUCUGAUGACUACACUCAACAAACCCUGCCAUUCUCACUUGGCCAUGACGUUCGCCCAAAACAGGUUGCUGAAGUCAUGUUGCCAAAACUCUAUAGCAUCCUGGAGAACUACGAGUUGAAAAUCCACCAAGUAGUGCAUGAUGUUGAGAAUCAGAAGGCCGCAGUAUACGCAAUAUCCAAAGCUGAUACUCCGUUUGGCUUCCCCUGGUUGAAUGAAUUCUCGGCAUUCAUCACCUUCAAUAACGCUGGCGACAAGGUGGUCAAUGUUCAGGAGAUGGUUGAUACAGAGUUCUUCCAAAAGUUCUUUCCUGCUUAUCAGUCAUUUUUGAGCCAAAAUAAGUAG